UCUCUCUCUCUCUCUCUCUCAUGAAGAGUUGUCUCUGUAAACCAGUCUCCGUCUUCUAGAAAAAGAUCAAAACAAGAGAAAGUGAGCCAUGAUGGGUUGCUUUUUCGCCUGUUUCGGAACUUGUAAGCACCGCCAUUGCAGAAAAUUAGCAAACAUAAUCCCCGAAGCAGAGCAGGGACAUGUUCAAGGCAAUGAAGCUCCGCAAGCCACUUCCUCUUCAAAUCAAGAAAACAUUGAAAAACCCAUCAACCCAAUUCAAGAAUCGAAAGAAAAGCUUGAGGAGCGAUCGAAGUGCAGUAGCAGAAAGAAAGUUACCUUUGAUUUGAAUGUGGAGACCUACGAGGAGAUUUGCCCUCUACAUGUUCUUAAAAAUUCCCAAGAAACCAAUGCCGAGGAAGAGGCAAGAAAGGGAAAAGAAACAUCAAGAGAACCCCAAUGCCUUCUCAAAAACACACCAUCCUAUCCUCCAAAUUAUAGAUAUCAGAAUUGCUCAAAUAGCGACGACGAGUAUGAAGGCCUAAAUUCUGAAGGAAGCGAUUUUUACGAUGAUGAUGAUGAUGAUGAACAAAAGUUGGUUCAAGAAGAAACUUCUGGGUCAUUGUUCUCCAUAUCAAUAGAAUCUAGAGCACAAGUUUUUCCAACUGAAAUGGAUGAUGUGGAGGUCAAUAGUCCUAUGCCAAAUCGCGGUUCGCAGGAGCGGGAGAAGAAGACAAUUAUGCUGAACCAAAUUGCUAGGAACAGAAGCCAACAUGUGCAUUCAGCCUUGAACCCAGUUGAAAAUUUAUCUCAAUGGAAUGAGUUCAAAGCUGGAGUCACCCCACUAUGUAAGAAUCAAGCAAAGGAUAACAUGAAUCUAGAGCAAGGUUUCGAUACAUCCAUUUGCCAUUCAAAGUUGAAUCCUAAGCAUUUGGGCAGAGAAGUUGCAGUGGAUGCAAGCCUUUCAAGCUGGUUGGUUAAACCAGGAACCACACCUAAUGCAAAAACUAGCACCGCUUGGGCUGGAAACUCGCCACCAGCUGAGAGAUCAGCAAAUUCAUCAAUUGUCCAAGGAGAUAGACCAAUUUUGGGAGCACUGACUGUAGAAGAACUUAAACAGGUUUCUCGAGCUUCAUCACCGAGAAAAUCGCCGAGACGGCAUCCUGAUGACAUGCCAAUUAUUGGAACUGUUGGGAGCUACUGGAGUCAUACUGGACAGGCCUUGGAUUCAGACUCAGGCUCUUCUUGCAAGGGACUAUCAAAUGCAUCACCCAGAUGCACAGAGGAUACGAAAGUAAAAUGGAAUUCUACUCCAUUUGAGAUCAGGUUGGACAGAGCUCUGGACAGAGGAGUUGCUGAGGCUUAGCUAUUUGCGGAAGUAUAAAAAGGUUUGGGAGAGAAAUUUUCCCCUUCUAUUUUUGUAGUUUCUUUCACAUUUCUGAAUCCGAGAAGAAUAUCAAUGUGUUUUUUUCGUGUGAUCAUGAUCCUAGUUUGGCUUCUAGACAUUACUGGUAAUAAUAAAAUUUUAUUUAUUAUCCAAAA